CCGGCCCGGUGACGUGAGCGCUGGAGCCUUCUCCUCGUAGAGCCAGUUUCCAAUGUCCUGCCAUGGAUGAUGACAGCCAGGAUGAACUGAUAAACAAGAAUGCUGCACUGGGCAAGAGCAAAAGACAGAGUCUUGCGCUCCUCAGUGAAACAGAAAGCAAUGGUGGAAAUAGCGAUGAUUCAGAAGAUGAUACUGGAAGUGAAGAAGAUGACCCUGAGGAAGAGGGAGGCGAGGAGGACAAGGGAGAAAGUGAGGAUGAAGAACUAGAAGAUUGUGAAGAUGAUGAUGAUGAUGAAGAAGAGGAAGAAGAGGAAGAAACUGAGGCCAGCGGGGAGGGAACGACUGAUGCUCUGAAAGGAGAGCCACGCAUAAAUGGAGCAAGUGUUUCUUCUGAUGAGGAUGGUGAACACUGCCCCAUUUGCCUCAACACGUUUAGGGAUCAGGUUGUUGGGACUCCUGAGAACUGUUCCCAUUACUUCUGCUUGGACUGUAUUGUGGAGUGGUCUAAGAAUGCAAACUCCUGUCCAGUGGAUCGAAUCCUCUUUAUGAACAUUAACAUUCGGGCACAUUUUGGUGGUGAAAUCUUAAAAAAGAUUCCUGUUGAGAACACAAUUAUUCAGGGUAAUUAUGGAGAGGAUGACCCAACCUUCUGUGAGGUAUGUGGCAGAAGUGACCGUGAAGAUCGCCUGCUGCUGUGUGAUGGCUGUGAUGCAGGGUAUCACAUGGAAUGCCUUAGUCCACCUCUGAGUGAAAUUCCUGUAGAUGAAUGGUUCUGUCCAGCCUGUGCCCCCAUGGGUGUCAGUGCUGCUGCAGACACAGAUCAAGUCAGUGAUGAUGAGGUUGCUGCCAUCAUGGCUGAUGUUACUCCUACCACCAGCAGGCUGCGCCCCCAGGCCCGAACCCGAGCUAUCGCUAGAACUCGGCAGAGCGAACGAGUUAGGGCAACAGUGAACAGAAACCGGAUAACAACAGCCCAGCAAAUUCAGAAUGUGCCAGGGUACCUCAUGCCCUCUCUUCUGGAUGAAACAAUCGAGGCAGUUAUUUCAGGCAUAAACACAGCCAUGUAUGAGCGUCCUGUUACACCGCUCCCUCCACCAGUUCCUGAUCCACUCCCUGCACCAUUCUCUGCACUGGCUCUUGCAGCAGCUCUUGCAGCAGCUCCUGCACCGGCUCCUGCACCGGCUCCUGCACCGGCUCCUACACCAGCCUCUACUAGGCAGAAAAGGAAAACAGGUAGGAGGAAGAGAGUAAGAGGCAAAAAAAGAACUCAGACAAAAUCUUCUGCUGGGAAGAAGAGUUCAGGGGCACAGCUGAAGAGACGCAAGAUUCUCAUAAAGAAGAGAAGGGGGAAAAAGAUGAGAGUAAGAUCACGUGUGAAAAAUGAGGUUACUACUCGCUCCCGUAUUGCGAGAACUCUUGGUCUUAGUAAACCUGUGCGUGGGGCCUCACUUCCUUCCAUGUCCAAACCAGCAGAGCCCUCACUUGGCCUGAUGAGAGCAGAUAUCGGUGCAGCUUCUCUAUCUGUGUUUGGAGAUCCAUACGAGCUGGAUCCUUAUGAAAGUAGUGAAGAGGCUCCAGCAAAUCCAGAUUCACCAGUGAGUGCCAAAAGGAGAGUUCUCUCCCAGUCAGCACUGAGGUCUCACCGUCCUGUAGCUAGACCUAUUUCAGUGGGACUUCCCAGAAACAGUGUCCCUGCUGUGAGUCCUGAACAACAACAAGAAGAAGAAGCUGCCCCUGUGCCUGAUUUGUUGGGAAGUAUCCUUUCUGGACAGAGCCUUCUCAUGAUGAGUAGCUCGGAUGUGGUCAUCAACAGAGAUGGUUCGCUGACGGCGAAGAAGUCGGCAGCUCCACUUCAUAGAAAAUCGGCGAAUGACUCGAGAGCACAUGAUAGUUCAGGACAUAGCAGCCAAUCAAGUACAGUGCAUUCAGGGACCACAGCAAGCAGCUCUACUCCUGGACCUUCAGUUUCCUCAGGGCUGAGUACUCAGACCAGACCUUCCUCCUCUUCCUCCUCCUCAAGCUUCUUUUCAUUGCCUUCACCGUCACUGAGCAGGAUUGAGCCUGCAGCAAAGUCAGCACAGGCCACAUCAGAAAAGGCAACUGUAAAAUCAGAAUAUUCAAUGACACCCAGAUCUGUUCAGACUCAAAACAUGGCUGCUCUGAGCAGGCAUGGCUCCAGGCUAGGUGAAAUGCCCAGAUGUAAUGGAAACUCUAAAAGCUUUGCAGCCAGUGACUCAUCAUCUUCAGAGCCCCUGAGCUGUAAUUUGAAUUCUGCCUCAAAAGCUGUAACUGUGAGGCAGCCAUUAAAACCACCUUCCAAGAGAAUUGACAUCUUUGAGCUUCCCAGGAUACCAAAGAUUAAAAAGGAAACCAGCAGCAAGCAGGUGGAGGCAGAACCUGCAGGAAGCCAAAGCUGUGACAUCCCCAGCUCCUGUAUAACCCAGUUGACUGGCAAAGAGAGCACUAAUCAGCCAGGAAAGGGUAGCAGGGUGGAAAGUCAGAAGUCAACUGCCAAGGAAUAUCAUCAACAAGCGCGUACAAGUGGGUUGUCUUUUUCUACCAAUACAGGUGCUCCUGGUAGUUCAUUGCUACUGGGCACUUCAAGGAGCAAAGGCCCAAGCUCUUUUGAGAGUUUUAAAAUCAAUAUUCCUGGAAACGCAGGGCAUCCCAGCAGACUCUCUAACCCAGGAUUUUGUAACACCUUCCGCCCUGUGGAUGACAAAGUGCAACAGAAAGAGAAUCCUUUGCAUCUCUUCUCAGUUAAGAAAAAGCAGGUCAAAAGUGAGAUAUAUGAUCCCUUUGAGCCAACAGGAUCAGACUCGAGUUCAGCAAGCAGCAGUCCUGAAAGGCUUGGCUCAGGGAUUCCACUAACUAAUAUUACCAGGACUAUUUCCAUUGAAAAUCCCAAAGUUCAGACGUUUCAAACUGUCCGUCGUUUCACCCCUUACGUGGUAGAAAAUGUAUUUGGAUCUGGGGCUGACUUUGAUGUACCAUCUAGUAACACAGAGUCUCAUGAUGAUGUGACAGUAGAAAGCAGGAUUGUAGAACCAAUCUCUGAUACAGAAGAGCGGGACAGUAUGGAUGAGGAAGACUUUCUAAGCAGUCCUUGCACUUCAUCUGCUGUUAAGCAAAUUUCUAAUGCAGAGUGUUUAAAAGGGGAAAGGAGAGAGGGCCCUAAUGUGUUCUUUAAUGCUGAAGAAUUGGUUAGACCUAACAUUAAUGUGAAAGUAGAACCAGAUAGUCCCUCAAAGAAUGAUGAGCAGCAGAAUGUCCAAAAGGUAGAACAGACAGAGAGGCGAUCACGUUCCAGGUCCUGUUCAAAUUCCAGCUCCCAAAGCAAGAAGAAGUUAAAAAGGAAAAAGGCACUUGUCAAAGAGCUUAGGAGAUCCCGAUCAGGGUCUAGGGAUAGGGCACACUCAAGGGACCGAAGCUCCAGAUCGGCCUCUUGGUCAGGUGGAGAAGAGUGUAGCAAAACACAAACACCAAAACCCAAGAGCAGGAGGUCUUCUACGGACCGUUCUAGCAGUCACGACCGAUCUAAGAAAAAGAAAGUGAAGGAUAAAACCAAGGAUAAAAAGGCAAAAACUGCUUGGUCUAGGGAGAGAAGAAAAUCUAGGUCACGUUCAGGUAGUCCUGGAAGUACCUCUGAGUUUUAUGAAAAUCGGAAAAAGAAAAGACGGUCUCGAUCAAGAUCAAGACGGAGGGAACAUUCCCGAUCAAAUAGCAUCGAGAGGACUAAAAGGCAGAAACACAGAAGAGACAAAAGCCAUGAGAGGUAUGAUAAAGAUAGUAGCAUGAGGUCAAGGGACAGAAAGAGAUCAAGAUCCAGGUCUCGGGAGAGGAGAAAAUGGAGGUCUCGAUCUCGGUCUACAUCUCGAUCUCGGGAGCACAAAAGCAGCAAAUCAAAGGAAAAAAGACCACGAUCAAGAUCACGCUCCAAAGAAAGAAAACACAAAUCAAAAGAGACAUCACUGCCUCCUCCACCAGAAAGGGAUCAAAAAUCUCCCUUUGAAAAUGUGUCCAGCUGUCUGGAACAACCCCAUUCCUUCAAACAAGAGCCAAAGGAGGAGCUGGUACUAGAAGAGCUUUCCAUAACCAUCCAACCAAAUGUCAAACUUGAGGAAGUACAAGCUGAGACCCCAGUUCAACUCAGAGAGGUCCAAGAAAUAAUAAAGGUAGGGCCCAUCUGUCAGGAAGUGACCCAUGAAACUGAAUUCCCUGUGCCAGAGAUCCCAAACAUUUGUGCUCCAAUUGGCAAUGUGGAUUCUUUUGCUGAAACAGAAUUAAUGAGUGGCAGUGAUCCAGGAGUACUUGGUAGCUGUAACAAUACAAACCUUGAGAUUACAGUUAAAAUAGAAAAUACUGCAUUAUGUCCAUCUCUGAUGGAACCAUCCCCAAAGAAGGAAGUUAUCAUACAUGCUCCAGCUGAGGCUGCACCUAUUCAGAGCCCGUCCAAAAGCAAACUAACAGAUUGUGUGAGGGAGCUUAAAGAUGAGUGCCUUGUGUCAAGUGAAAAAACUGGUAAUUUCACUAAGCCUGAAUUGGAAGUGGUGCCUCAGGGUCCUGCACUGAAAUCAAAAGCACCAGUAAAAAGAGUUACCUGGAAUCUUCAAGAGGAAGAAGGCGGCACAUUGUCUGCUGGAAAAGUUCCAAGGAUGCCAUUUUACAAACUUCAGCGAGCAAAAGAAGGGGCCUGGAAAGCAGAGGACUUGAACCAAACAUUAAAUCAGGUGCAGUUAAAUGAGCCUCCUCCAACCAAUUAUAUGAUUCCUGAGCCUAUGUUUCCUGACCUAGAUUCCUCUCAGGUGUACUGUCAAAAUACACCUUUGACUCCACCUCUGCCCUCCAGCCUUCCCCCUUAUGCCCCUGUCAGCCAGCCCACAGUUCAAUUUAUCAUGCAAGGUAGUCUCCCAGCACUUGUCUGCAUGGCAGGACAGAGCCUGACUCCAGAGCCAGGCAGCCUGGCAACUGCAUCUGAACCAGGAAUCCCAGCUGCUUCUGUUGGAAAUGCAGAAGAAGAUGUCAACGCACCUAAACCUCCUGUGGAUAAAACAAAAAAUGAGGAAUAUAUGAAGAAGCUUCACAUGCAGGAAAGGGCUGUGGAAGAAGUGAAACUUGCUAUUAAACCUUUUUACCAGAAGAGGGAGAUUACAAAGGAGGAGUACAAGAGCAUUCUUCGAAAAGCAGUACAAAAGAUCUGCCACAGCAAAAGUGGAGAGAUCAACCCUAUGAAGGUGGCUAAUCUGGUGAAGGCAUAUGUGGAAAAAUACAAACAUAUGAGGAAACAUAAGAAAUCUGAUGGUGACGAUACACAAGAAGUGGAAAACUUAGAGCAAGCCACAGCCAGCACAAGCUUGGAUUGAACUUUGACUGUGAACACUAUGCCAGAGAGGAUAAUAGCUCUGCAGUUGCAUCUCAUUGAAAACAAAGUGCAGAGAAGCAAGAUCAUAAUAAGACUUAUCUGUGGAACCUUCUUCUGAAUUGUUUCCAUGUGGGAAUGAACUCGGGUUUGGGGUUUGGGGUUGGGUUUUCUUUUCCUUGAUUACCUACAGUUGUAGAACUAAGUAACAAUCAAAUGUGUCAGACCAGCAGAGUAAUUCCAGGGGGAACACAGAAGAGAUUAGUGUUUGGAACUCCCGGAUUGCUACAGUUUUCAGGGUUACUUUGAUCACAUUUUUAGGCUGUGUACCUGUCUUGCUAGAAGUUUGAAUCUGGACACCACUUUUCAUAUACAGUAUAUUGAGAGCUGUAUACUGUUUCCUUGUGUUUAUUUAUCGAAAUACAGAUUGUCUUUAGAAACUUCUGAUUUAAUACUUGAAAUGUUGUAUUUUUAUCCCUGUUUGAUGGUGAGCGAAGCUUUACUCGCUCUGUCACUUUGGGAUUGCGGAAAUGAGUUAACCUUUAUAAACUGACUUCAGAAACACUGCUCAAGCUGUGGUGUUUAUUUACGUUCUGUUGGAAGCAUCUUGUUAGUGAAAAGUUGAGUUUCGGGGUGGGAGACUGCAUUGCACUUCUGUAAAUAAUGCACUGACGGCUGGUUUUGUGUAUGCCUUUCAGGAGAAAAAUAAACAGAAACGAAGCAUUGUGAAUUUUCAGUAGCACGCUGAAGGGACGAGGUUGAACUGAUGUACAGAGCAGAAAUGUGACAAUUUAUAAAGUUAUUUUGAAUGGUUUUAGUCCUA